CUGAUACGAUGCAGUCGUCACCGGCGUCUGCUCCUCUUCCUGCUGUUCUUGGCCUUGGGCGCCAUAGGAGAAUUGAAACUGUUGAUACGGGUUCGCCAGUGUUGCUAUUGCCCAUAGGGGCUGCCAGAGCGAAGCGCCCAAGCAGCUUGCCAAAUCGUAGCCAGCGUGCUUCGGCAAAUGAUGCGCCGGCGUUAUCACCGUUACAGCCGUAAUGGCGGUUGACCGUCAGUCAGCCGUACGUCAACAGUAGCGGUCAAGUUAGAGUUGUAAGAAGUCUUGAAUAAUGGUCAACCCAGACAG